CUCGCCCUUUGAGAGUGUCAUACUAGCCUCCCAAUCAUCCUGUCAACGACGUUCUCACCAUUGCUCCUGUGCUCUACCCACCCGAGGUCCCCUACAGCCACGAUGCGCCCGAUAUCCUCCUACAAAUCGCUCAAAGAACGCAUCUUCAUGCGAUGGUUAUCAAUUCUCAAGCUUCCUCGACAGUCUGACUUGUCAUGGCACCAGAAUCGCCUCCACGAGGAAGUUGAAGAGCUACACGAAGCUCAGACCCGACUCGAGAAGUACAGCGAGACGAGCGAUGUCAUCUUCUUGGUGUAUCGCGCACGCCACGAUGGAUUCGAUCUUUCUCAGCCCCAGUUCAAUGACAACCUUCGUCCUUCCUUAGUACAUCUGUACAUGGUCGCCAAAUACACUUCUCGAUACGGAUUUUACAAAAUGACAGCCUGGCUUUGCAAAAGUGGUCGAAAGGGAGCUGUGAACGAAGUCACGAACGCGAGCAAGGAUGAAAAGCUGGAGGCAGUUGCACGUCGGCAUGAAAUGGACGUGCAGGAGUUUGUCACAGUUGCACGACGCUUGAGACGCAUUUGGCCUUUAUUUCCUUAG